GUUGCCCGGAGCUCCGGGACCCCUCCCGACCCAGCGCGGCGGGAAUAAGAGCAGCGCUGGCGCUGGGAAGCCUCGGAGUCACUGCCCAGCCCAAGCGCGCCGUGGCCCUCGCUGGACGCCGCCGCCCCCCCGCCGCCUCUGUUCCCAGCCACCGGCCGCCAGAGAGGCAUCAUGGGCUUCCGGAAGUUCUCUCCCUUGCUGGCUCUCAGCAUCUUGGUCCUGUUCCAUGCAGGCAGCCUCCAGGCAGCGCCAUUCAGGUCUGCCUUGGAGAGCAGCCCAGACCUCUCCACACUCAGUGAGGAGGAAGCGCGCCUCCUGCUGGCUGCCCUGGUGCAGGACUACAUGCAGAUGAAGGCCAGUGAGCUGGAGCUGGAGCAGGAGCAGGAGCCAGAGGGCUCCAGGCUUCAUGGUGUCCAGGACCCAUGCUCAGCCUUAGCCCAGAGUAGCUGGAGACAGAACAUGGUAGGUGGUCCCCAGGACAGAGCUGACACAGCAACAACAGGUAUGUUAAGGAGGAGGUGAACCCCUCUGGGACUAGAAGCUGCAAACUGUUCCUCUUCCAGGUAAGACUGGAAUUUUGCUUUCCUAAUAAGGGUAUUUGGCGCCUGUGACUGGGGUAUGGAUUCUAAUCAGUCCUUGGGGACGGGGUCCUGUACGCCUUUGCUGGUCUCCAGUCUGUUUAUACAGGAAAGGUUGGCUGUUACAGCUCUGUGUUUCAUGGCCAGUCACCGCACCUCUGGGUUUCAUGAGACCCCUGGGAAUGUCUGUGGGGAGUGAUCAUGGCAUUUUCCCUAAUGGCUUUGUGAUUUUCUGCUCUGAUAAUUGUGUUUAGGAGAGACACUUAAGGUUAAUUGGUGCCCCUGACAGCAGCAACUUUACCAGAUGUCCCUUGUGGCAGGUCCUCCCUGCCCCCACCUCCCCAGCCUCUCACUGACAGGCCUUCUCUUCCUUCUCCAU